AUGUACCAAUUUGACAGUGGAAAAGGCAGGUUUAUUGUUACAAAAGUCAGUGGUAAAGACUGGUUUAUUGUUUACAAAAGUCAUAUCUAGAAACAGGCAGUAAUCUUUUUUUUAAUAAAAGUUUGUCUUUAGAAUG